CCCGGCGGAGGAUGCGGAGCCCGCGGCCGUGACCCCCGCGCCGCCCGCCCGCCGGCCCGCGCGCCAUGCGAUGGCUUAGGCGGAUCGCGCCCCCCCACGCGAGCAGCGGAGCGAGGCGGUCGCAGGCGGCUGGCGGCAGCGGCGGCGGCGGGGAGGGAUGAGGCGGCUCCGGCUGGCGGCGGCUGGGACCGGCGCUCGCCCGCACGGGUUUGCAGCCGCUCCGCGCCCGCGGGCGCCCCGGCCCCGGCCCCCGCCCCCGCCCGCCCGCGCCUGCCGCCUGCGCUGACCGCGCCCGCCCCAGCCCCAGCCCCAGCCCCGCGCCGGCUCCGUCCCCGGGCAGCAGGCGGCGGCGCUGCCCAACAUGUCGGCUCCGGCCGGGCCCCGGGGCGGCCCCGCUCCGCCGCCGCCCGACAUGCCGGACCUGAGCCACCUCACGGAGGAGGAGCGGAAGAUCAUCCUGGCCGUCAUGGACCGGCAGAAGAAGGAGGAGGAGAAGGAGCAGUCCGUGCUCAAGGUCAAAGAAGAACAAAAACCACAACCGACACAGUGGUUUCCCUUUAGUGGGAUCACUGAGCUGGUAAAUAACGUUCUUCAACCACAGCAAAAACAACAAAAUGAAAAGGAGCCCCAGACGAAAUUGCAUCAACAAUUUGAAAUGUAUAAGGAGCAGGUGAAGAAGAUGGGAGAGGAAUCACAGCAGCAGCAAGAGCAGAAGGGUGAUGCCCCAACUUGUGGUAUCUGCCACAAAACAAAAUUUGCCGAUGGCUGUGGCCAUAACUGUUCAUAUUGCCAAACUAAAUUCUGUGCACGAUGUGGAGGAAGAGUGUCUUUACGCUCAAAUAAGGUAAUGUGGGUAUGUAACUUGUGCCGAAAACAACAAGAAAUCCUCACAAAAUCAGGAGCCUGGUUCUAUAACAGUGGAUCAAACACACCACAGCAGCCUGACCAAGAAGGUAUUAGAGGGCUGCGAAACGAGGAAGCACCUCAAGAGAAGAAAGCAAAGCUUCAGGAGCAAUCCCAAUACCAAGGACCCUCAGGUGACAUAUCCACAGCAGCUUUGGACAGAAACAGAUCUCAAGGGCUCAUGAGACAAGAAUCAAUCAAAAAUGGUUCAGAAGUAAAGCACCAGAUUGUGAGUGACACGACUUUAGACAGGAAAAGAAGUCCAUCGAUAUCAAGAGAUCAGAACAGAAGAUACGACCAAAGGGACGAGAGGGACGAAUGUUCACAGCAUGCAACAUCAGACAGUGCAAUGCCAAGAUCACCAUCAGAUUAUACAGAUAGGCGAUCACAACGUGGGCCUCAGCUAUAUGAAGAACCUGAACAUGGUGACUACAGAGAUCCCAACAGAAGAAUUCGCAGACGUUCCAAAGAGUACCCUGUAGAAGAUGAUGAUGUGCGUAACAGGGAGGAAUAUGAAAGGCAGAGGCGGGAAGAGGAAUAUCAGGCACGAUACCGAAGUGAUCCUAAUUUGGCUCGUUAUCCAGUCAAACCACAACCAUAUGAGGAACAAAUGCGUAUCCAUGCUGAAGUGUCCCGAGCACGCCAUGAACGAAGACAUAGUGACGUCUCAUUGGCAAACACUGAAUUGGAAGAUUCCCGGAUAUCUAUGCUGAGGAUGGAACGACCAUCAAGACAAAGAUCUAUAUCUGAGCGCAGGGCUGCCAUGGAAAAUCAGCGUUCAUAUUCUAUGGAAAGAACUCGAGAGGCUCAGGGACCAAGUCCCAAUCGUCAGAGGACCACAAAUCAUAGUCCUCCUACUCCUAGGAGGAGUCCAAUUCCUCUGGAUAGGCCUGAUAUGAGACGCACUGAUUCAUUAAGGAAGCAACACCAUUUGGAUCCUAAUUCUGCUGUACGGAAAACAAAACGUGAAAAAAUGGAAACUAUGUUAAGGAAUGAUUCUCUCAGCUCAGACCAAUCUGAGUCUGUUAGGCCUCCACCACCAAAGCCCCAUAAAACAAAAAAGGGAGGUAAAAUGCGUCAGGUUUCAUUGAGCAGCUCAGAAGAAGAGUUGGCUUCUACUCCAGAAUAUACGAGCUGUGAUGAUGUAGAGAUUGAAAGUGAAAGUGUUAGUGAAAAAGGGAACAGUCAAAGGGGAAAAAGAAAAACUAGUGAGCAGGCAGUUUUGUUGGAUUCUAACACCUUGUCUGAGAAACAAAAGAAAAUGGUGUGCUUUGGUGGCCACUCUUUGGAAGAGGACUUGGAAUGGUCUGAGCCUCAGAUUAAAGACUCUGGGGUAGAUACGUGCAGUAGCACAACUCUAAACGAGGAGCAUAGCCAUAGUGAGAAGCAUCCUGUGACCUGGCAACCAUCCAAAGAUGGAGACCGCCUAAUUGGUCGGAUUUUGUUAAAUAAACGACUCAAAGAUGGAAGUGUGCCUAGGGACUCAGGAGCAAUGCUUGGAUUAAAGGUUGUAGGAGGGAAGAUGACUGAAUCAGGUCGACUGUGUGCAUUUAUUACCAAAGUAAAAAAAGGAAGCUUAGCUGAUACAGUGGGGCAUCUUAGACCAGGUGAUGAAGUGUUAGAGUGGAAUGGAAGGCUAUUACAAGGUGCCACCUUUGAGGAGGUGUACAACAUCAUUUUAGAAUCCAAGCCUGAGCCACAAGUGGAGCUUGUAGUUUCAAGGCCAAUUGGGGAUAUUCCCAGAAUACCUGACAGUACACAUGCACAACUGGAGUCCAGUUCUAGCUCAUUUGAAUCUCAAAAAAUGGAUCGACCUUCUAUUUCAGUGACUUCUCCCAUGAGUCCUGGCAUGUUGAGGGAUGUUCCGCAGUUCUUGUCUGGACAACUUUCAAGCCAAAGCCUUAGUAGAAGAACAACGCCUUUUGUUCCUAGGGUUCAGAUAAAGCUGUGGUACGACAAGGUUGGUCACCAGUUGAUAGUCACAAUAUUGGGAGCAAAGGAUCUUCCUUCAAGGGAAGAUGGGAGGCCAAGGAAUCCUUAUGUUAAAAUUUACUUUCUUCCAGACAGAAGUGAUAAAAACAAAAGAAGAACAAAAACAGUAAAGAAAACUUUGGAACCCAAAUGGAAUCAAACAUUCAUUUAUUCUCCAGUUCAUCGGAGAGAAUUUCGAGAACGAAUGUUGGAGAUUACUCUUUGGGACCAAGCCCGAGUUCGGGAGGAAGAAAGUGAAUUUUUAGGAGAGAUUCUUAUUGAGUUAGAGACAGCAUUGCUAGAUGAUGAACCUCACUGGUACAAACUUCAGACGCAUGAUGUCUCUUCAUUGCCACUUCCCCACCCCUCACCAUAUUUGCCACGCAGACAGCUACAUGGGGAGAGCCCCACACGGAGGCUACAAAAUAAAGGCUUAUAUUCAUAUAAUUCAGGGUCCAAAAGAAUAAGUGACAGUGAAGUUUCUGACUAUGACUGUGAUGAUGGAAUUGGUGUAGUUUCAGAUUACCGACAUAAUGGGAGAGACCUUCAGAGUUCAACACUAUCAGUGCCAGAACAAGUGAUGUCAUCCAAUCAUUGCUCUCGGUCAGGGUCCCCUCAUCGUGGAGAUAGUAUAGGACGGACUAGGUCAUGGUCUCCUAGUGUCCCUCCUCCACAAAGUAGGAAUGUGGAACAGGGACCUCGAGGGACACGAUCUACUCCUGCACAUUAUAAUACCAUGAACCGAAUGGAUAGACAUCGUGGAUUAGAUGACCACUACUCCCCAGACAGAGAGAGUCACUAUCUCACUCUACCUCGGUCCCGAUACACUCAGUCCACUGACCACCAACACAGAGAUGCCAGCAAGGAUCACACAAUAUAUCCUCUCUUUUGUGAAGAUGCAAUCAGAUUACUUCGUUCCCGUAAGAUGUGCCGUACCUAUUCUGAGGGUGCUUACUAUGAUCUUGAGAGGAGGACUAGGCAGGAGAGAAGAGUGCCUAAUACAUAUUAUGACGACACUACUCAUACUCCAGAAAGGUGUUACAAUGGUGCAAGUUCAUGGGCAGAUCAUGUAGUCAAUGGUACAGAUGAAAACUAUGGGAAUUGUGAAGCAGCAGAUAGACAGCCAUAUCAAAGAUCCAGAUCAACAGAACAACGUCCUGUAUUAGAGCGGACCAACUCCCGCUCCCGAUCCACAGAGCGUCCUGACUCAAACCUCAUGAGGUCGAUGCCUUCAUUAAUGACUGGAAGAUCAGCCCCUCCUUCACCUGCCUUAUCGAGGUCACAUCCCCGAACUGGGUCUGUCCAAACAAGCCCAUCAAGCACUCCAGUAGCAGGACGAAGGGGCAGGCAGUUACCCCAGCUCCCACCGAAAGGGACAAUGGAGAGAAAAGAAGCGGAAUCAUCAAGAAGAAGAAACUCAGAAGAAAAGAAAGCAGAUCCAGAGAAUGGGGAUGCAGGUGCAAUGGAAGCAGAAGAGAGAAAUCGCCAAAUGAAAAUGAGCAAGUACAAACAGGUAGCAGGAUCAGACUCCAGGCUGGAGCAAGAUUAUCAUACUCAGUAUCGGUCAGGACGAGAUCAUCAGCGAGGCUCAGACAACAUUUCCAAUAAAUCUUCAGACAGUGAUGUCAGUGAUGUGUCAGCUGUCUCUAGGACAAGCAGUGCUUCUCGUUUCAGCAGCACAAGUUACAUGUCUGUCCAAUCAGAACGACCGAGGGGAAACAAGAAAAUAAGGUCAAGGGAUAUAGAGGAGAAAAAAGAGGGAGGGCAGGAAGGGGAUGAGCAUGAGGAGGUAUUUCCUGAGGAGGAGGAACAGGAACAUGAGGAAAAAGCAAAGGAACAAGAAGUUAAUGAGAAGGGGGAAGGGCAAGAAGUGACAGAAAGCUGUGAUAAAGAGGAAAAUAAAGAGUCAAGAGAUGAUGAAAAAAUCCAAGAUGAUGAAACUGAGGAAGGGAAAGAGAAAAAACAGGAUAAAAAAGAGGAUAUACAAAGGCAUUUCUCCCAAGAGGAUGUCAGCAGACAGAUGGGCGCCUCAGGAAAGAACAUGACUAAGAGCACCAGCAUUGGCGGGGACAUGUACACACUAGAGAAGAAUGAUGGCAGCCAGUCUGACACAGCAGUGGGCACUGUGGGCACCGGUGGCAAAAAAAGACGCUCCAGCAUUGGUGCAAAGAUGGUAGCAAUUGUGGGUCUGUCACGAAAAAGCCGCAGCACUUCCCAACUCAGCCAAACUGAAGCAGGUGGGAAGAAACUGCGGAGCACAGUUCAGAGAAGCACAGAAACUGGACUGGCUGUGGAGAUGAGAAACUGGAUGACUCGUCAGGCCAGCCGGGAAUCUACAGAUGGCAGCAUGAAUAGCUACAGCUCUGAAGGAAAUCUGAUUUUCCCUGGUGUGCGGUUGGCUGCAGACAGCCAGUUCAGUGAUUUUCUGGAUGGACUUGGUCCUGCCCAACUUGUAGGGCGCCAGACACUGGCAACACCAUCUAUGGGUGAUAUCCAGAUAGGAAUGAUGGACAAAAAAGGACAGUUGGAGGUAGAAAUAAUACGAGCCCGUGGCCUUGUUGUAAAACCAGGUUCAAAGACACUGCCAGCACCAUAUGUAAAGGUGUAUUUAUUAGAAAAUGGAGUCUGCAUAGCCAAAAAGAAAACAAAAGUAGCAAGAAAAACGCUGGAACCUCUUUACCAGCAACUUUUGUCAUUUGAAGAAAGUCCCCAAGGAAAAGUUUUACAGAUAAUUGUUUGGGGAGACUAUGGACGUAUGGAUCACAAAUCUUUUAUGGGAGUGGCACAGAUACUUUUAGACGAACUGGACUUGUCCAAUAUGGUGAUUGGGUGGUUCAAACUCUUCCCCCCUUCCUCCUUAGUAGAUCCAACCUUAGCCCCUCUCACUAGAAGAGCUUCCCAGUCAUCUCUUGAAAGUUCAACAGGACCUUCUUAUGCUCGCUCAUAGCAGCUGUGAAACUGUCAUAGCAACCAGCGUUACAAAAAAAAUUUACAGGUCGCAAACCCUGGUAACACUGCAUGCUUAAUGUUGUGUCUUCUGAGCCUGUUUCUAGGGCUACAAAGCGAUCCUGUGUUCUCAGAGGAAGUUGCACACAUUGUGCCCUAAAGAAGGCCCUCAGGUGAAGGAGUGGAGCUAUAAAGAACUAACAGGUUUGGAGUUCAGUGACACUCAGUUUUGGUCCAAUCUGAAGCCAUGGAUUAAACUAAAAGAAUCAAUCUGUUUCAUGCAACAAAAGUCCCUUUCAAUGGCAUAUCUAUUUUGUUGCUCCCUUUUCUUUAUCUGCCCCCCCAAGCUUGGUUAUGCCACAGAAAUGGAAUUUACCCUCCCAUGAAGCCAUGUUACAAGUCAGUGGAAUAGUAGACAUGAGAAGAACAGUGGAAGACUGUAAAGCCGCUGGAAAAGAAAAGUCGGCUGCUGUUUGGAACAGUCAUUUAAGACCAGAGCAAACUCUUCAUACUAGAAAGGUUCAAGACUUAAAGUGGCAGGCUUCAUAGCUCCCGCUAUUGCUACAGUGAAACCCCAGACGCAAUGGACUCUAAAAAAUAAAAUUCUGUGGAUAUACUGUACUGUAUGAAAUUAAAGAAACUUUUUUGCAUGGACACAGAUUUAGCUGAACACUUAAAUUAUUUUCUUGGGGCUGCAACUUGCAAAAAAAAAAAGAAUAAAUCAGCCAUUUUCAACAAUUUAUAUUAUUUUUAAAAAUAAAUUUCACUAGUGCAUGGUUUUAAAGGGGAGAGAAUGCAACAGGGUGAUACAAAGACACACCACGUUUAUCAUUCUUUAAACCAGUCAUGGUCUGUGUUUUUGCAGACGUAUAUUAAAAAUAAAAAAUAAUUUCUAGCAAAUAUUUAAAAUUCUGUUUAUGUGACAAGGAAUAAGUGUAAUAUAUUAAAUUUAUUUAAAUGUAAAAGGUACAAGCCUUGUAAAGUUCAACAUUAUGUGCAAAUUGUACACUUCUUUUCCCUUCUUCUUUGUCUAUCUCUCCACCCAAAUUCCCUUUUCCUUUUGCUUUUUGCCCCCUUCCUGUCUCCCAGGAUUAUCAUAUUCAAAACAGCUACCUUUUGACUUACUAUUCUCUUAUGCCCCAUUAUUGGUUCAGGGUUGCAGAUUAUUCUGCAUUCCUGAAUUCUUUGAGAAAAAUAUUGUUUAAGAACUUACUUUUUUCAAGCAUGUUGAAAAGGAUUUUGCAACAUGACUUGGGAGUACAUUAAAGUAAUUCAGCAUGUAUUUGAUAAAGAAAAUAUUUGAACUUUUUGCAAUUUAUUGUACAGUGCAUGGUAACUUAUUUUCAUUUUUUCUCACCUUCAAAUUGAAUUCUACAGCAAAAUACUGGAAUCAUGUGGCCAUUGUAAGAUGUCUUCAAUAAAUUUGUUUUCAGCACCAGCAUUGUUCAUUCAAGGGUUGAACGAUCAUUCUUGAAGGUUUUGGAGAGAGAAAAAAAUGAACUGGAAGUCUGAUUUUUAUUAGCUAAAUUUCAACAGUUUCAUUUGCACUUAGACAAAUAAAUUGCUACCUAUUUGGACAUAUAAGAAACAGCAAAGGUUGCUACUACUUAUAAUUCUUCCGCUGUAAAGUUCAAUUUUUCUUGAACUAAUAUUUGUGAUGGCAGAGACAAUUAGGGAUUAUCAGUCUGCCAUAAAAAUGGCAAACUUUCGUUUGUAAUCGCCUUAAAGAAAUUUGAAUAUUAACAAUCGAACAGCUAUUUGACACCAUCACCAAAAGCCUCAGUGCAGAGUCAACAGAUCUCAAAAUACUUGUCUCUAAUGUAACAAGCAGUUGCUACCAUUGGGUGGUGCUACAUGUUCAGAUUUCUCAUUAACUUCUAAUUAAAGGGAAUGUAACUGGCUAACAUUUAAUGAAAACUGUCCCUCUUUUGGGUCUCUAUAUGCCUUUAAUUCAUACAUAAGGUUUAAUGUUGAAACCUUGCAAUAAUUUCUAAAAUAUACUAUAUUUAUCUUUAAAUUAAGGCCAUACAUAACAGAAUUCUUCUGACUUUGUUUCAAAAUCUAUUAUGUUGCCCAUUAGAAAACUGUCUGUGCCUCAUAAGAGCGCAGAAACAUCAAUAGAUAACACUUAAAAUGCCUUUUAUGUUUUGGUGCAAUAUGAUAUACAUCAAGACUGUGUCUUGUCAUCCUGAGAUUAUAUAAUGGAUCAAUGUUAAAUUAAUGAACAGACUGAUAAAAAAUAUUUAUUGAAAUCAUUUAGAUACUUAUGUACCAGCAACAAAUAAAUAUUAAAAAACAUACAGACAAUAUCCCCUAGAUUAAAACAAAAGAUACAUAACCAUUCUGAUACUGUGAGAUGCAGUCACACAUUCUUGUAUGCAUAUUCCUAUAUAAAUUAUUUCUAAUUUUUAAAGUGAAGGAUGUGACCGUACAGAAGGUUUGUACAUACUUGUCAUUAUGCAGUAUUUAUUUUAAAAAUUAAUGUAAUUUUUUUUAAUUUUCAAGUCUGCAACUCUACUUAUGAUUUAGUCAUGUAAAUAGCACUAUUCCAGUGAUCACUGCUGUCUUGUACAUAGUACGUUUUAAAAGUUAAAAGGAAUUACAGUUGGGGGAAAAAAAGGGCAGAUUAGGCCUGUAAUGAACACCAACUAAUGUAAAUCAAAUUCAUUCUGGUGAUGGUAUUUAACACUUUAAAUAAAACAUUUUCUUUACAGAA